ACUUGACCCUCUCUAUUUCUCACGACAGCUAAACAUAUCACGUUUGCAAUGGAUCUGACAUAACCGCGAAAGAACAGACUUCCAGACGAAUUUACUUCCUUCAUUCCGAAUGAACGGAUUUAUUUCCUUCUGAAUGAACGAACUUCCUUCCGAACAAACGAACUUCUGAAUGAACUUCCAUCCAGAUGAACUACCUUCCUUCCUUCCAGGCGAACUUCCUUCCAAACGAUUGAACGAACGAACAAACUAACUACCUUCCUUCCGAAUGAAUGAACAAACUUUGUUCCUUCCUUCCGAAUGAAUGAACAAACUUUGUUCCUUCCUUCCGAAUGAACGAACAAACUUUGUUCCUUCCGAAUGAACGAACUUCCUUCCGAAUGAACGAACAAACUUCCUUCUGAACGAACAAACAAACUUCGGAACGAGCGAACAAACUAACUUCCGAACUAACGAACUAACUUCCUUCCUCCCUUCGUUCCCAACAAAUUUCCAUCCGAAUGAAUGAACUGAUCAGGGAGUCUGCCAUUUCUGCAGCUAUCCCAAUCACAAAAUUGUUCCAGUGUACUAAAAUAUUUGCUCCCUAAAAAUUCCCAAAUUGCACCGUAAAAACUAGGGUAUGUCGUCAGAUCUUCUGAAGUCUCAAGUCGUUACUGAACGAGCGCCAGUAGCUGAUGGAGAUGAUGGAGCCAUCAGACUGUCUGGGAGAACAGACCCCUGCCUCUGACCCCACCAAAAGUUCAGAGGUCAUCAUGUUUCCAGAAGGGUCAACCAAUGUCAGCGAUGGGGGUGAGGUCACAUUAAAGGGACAAGAGGAAGACACUGAGCCAGACAGUCUUGAGCUGUACGGUACUCUUUCCGACAGUGUGGUUAAAGAAGGCCUGAGUUCUGACACAUACAUGGAGGUCCAACAAGCUGCAAGCGGAGAAGAUACACCCGGUGAUGGGAACACUAGCUGUGACAGUGGAACAGCCUCCAUUGGUGAUGUCAGGACUCCAGCAGCUCCCCUCGAUAAUGCUGCAGGGUCAUUGCCUGCUGUCCUUGAUGGAGAACUCGAAUGUUCUAGCCUCGAGGAGCCAGCAGCACGACUAGAUCCGGUACCAGAAGGUGGGACUCAGAAUGUGGUGGAGGAAUCCUCAACUUCUGUUCUCAACGGGAAAGAUGAACUUACUCCCACUGGUUUGGAUACAGUUAUGGAUAAUUCAGUAGUCGAGAGUCACACAUUAGAGGGGCCAACAGAACUUCAAGUCCCAGUUAAUGAGACUCCUUUGGCUCCUAAUCAAGAUACUCCAUCUCCUCAGGACGAUGAACCCCCUGUUUUUGCCAAUAAGCUCUCCGAAAAUUCAGUACCCCUUAACUCAGACUCCAAUGCAAAUAUAAACCCAUACGACACAGACUGCAGCAGAAAGCUGAUGUCUGAGAUCCAGCGCUCUUUGUCUCAGGAGUCUCUCCUGGAUGAACUGGAGGACGAACUGUUGAACACUCAGUCAGUGGGUGUCCGAAAGGAAGGCCUACCCAACGGACUACCUAAGGACCAGAACUCCCUAGUUGUAUUCGAGAAGUGUGUCCAAUUCAAGUACUUCCAACAGGAGAAAGCCAUCAAGAGGUUACUUGAUGAAAAUAAGAAGCAUCAGGAGCUGAUUCUGGGUAUCUGCUCUGAAAAAGACAACAUGAGAGAAGAGCUGAAGAAGAGGAUGGAGAUGGAGAAACAGCAUAUUUGUAUCAUUAAGAAGUUUGAGAGCCGGGUGGAGGAACUUCUGAAAGAACUGAAUGACUCCAGAGACAGACUGGUUCACCAAGACCAGGCUGCCAAGAAUGCCAUCCAGCAGAUGCAGAGGGAGAUGGCCUAUCGACUGGAACAGGCUAAUAAGAAAUAUGAGGAGGCACGCCAGGAGAAGGAGACGAUGGUAAUGAAGUAUGUUCGUGGAGAGAAGGAGGCACUGGACCUGCGCAGGGAGAAGGAACAGCUAGAGAAGAAGCUACGAGAGGCCAUAGCUGAAGUUGACAAACAGGCCCGACGGGGAAACUCACUGGCCCAGGAGAAAGGACGCCUGCAACAGCUAUAUGACUUUAAGGAGCAUGAUGUGACGAGAGUGUCUCGCGAGCUGGAGAAAGUCAAGGAAGAAAUCAAUUCUCAUGUCAUCAAAGUAAAGUGGGCUCAGAACAAACUUAAGAGCGAAACAGAUGCUCACAAGGAAACAAAAGACAAACUGAGAGAGACAACCGCCAAGCUGACUCAAGCAAAGGAAGAAACGGAGCAGAUCCGCAAAAACUGCCAGGACAUGAUUCGCACAUACCAGGAAUCUGAAGAGAUAAAAUCAAAUGAAUUGGACGCAAAGCUGCGAGAGACCAGAGGAGAGUUGGAGAAGCAAAAACAGGAGCAGACAGACCAGCUAGAGAUGCACAAAGCUAAGAUUAAGGAGUUGGAGGAUCUGAAGAGGACUUUUAAAGAAGGCAUGGACGAACUAACCACUCUGCGAACCAAGGUUAAGUGUUUGGAGGACGAAAGACCACGUUGGGAAGAUGAACUCUGCAAAUACAGAGAAAUCAUUAAUAGACAGAAGACUGAGAUCCAGAACCAGAGAGAAAAACUCACAGCCAUCACUAGACUAGAGGAGCAGCAUCAGAGGGAUGUGCAGGAGAUUGCGUCCUUGCGGGAGGAGGUAGAGAAUCUGAACUCUCAGAUCACUGACCUGCAGUUGGACAUUGAGGGCAGCAGGACGAGAGAGGCAGAGCUUCUGGGCUUCACAGAGAAACUGACCACUAAAAAUGCUCAGCUGCAGUCAGAGAGCAACAGCCUCCAGGCCCAGCUGGACAGAUUGAACAGCAGCUCUAGAGAACUUGGCAGCAAUCUAGAGGAGACUGAGAGAUCCCUCACUGAGAUGACGGACAGGUUGAAGAAAGAAGAGCAGCAGAGACAGGAGGAGGUGCAAGCGCUGCAAACAGAGAGAAUGAGUCUGCAGACCGAAAUGUCACAGCUGAAGAUGCGUGUGGAGGAACUGCAAGAUGAACUGGUGACGCAGAAGAGAAAACAGGCGGCCAACAUCAAAGACCUCACCAAGCAGCUCAUACAGGCUCGUAAGAAGCUGGAGCAGGUGGAAAAUGGAGGAUGUGAUCGAGAGAGCAGCAGUAUGGGCAGCCGCUCCAGUUCCUCAGGCUCUCUAAAUGCACGGGGCAACAGUAUGGAUGAUCGAUCUCCAGAGAAUCAGUCUGGUUCUUCGGUUGUGGUGGUGGACAGCUUCCCUGAGGUGGACAAGGCUGUGCUGGUAGAACGUAUUGUACGGCUGCAGAAAGCUCACGCUCGCAAGAACGAGAAGAUUGAGUUCAUGGAAGACCACAUCAAACAGUUGGUGGAGGAGAUCAGGAAAAAGACCAAAAUCAUCCAGAGUUUCGUGCUCCGAGAAGAGACUGGAGCUCUGUCUUCUGAAGCCUCUGACUUUAACAAAGCCCAUCUUAGCCGGAGGGGGGGCAUCAUGGCUUCGCUUUACACCUCCCACCCUGCCGACAGCGGCCUUUCCCUCGAAUUAUCGCUGGAAAUCAACCGCAAACUUCAGGCUGUGCUGGAGGACACACUGCUCAAGAACAUCACACUAAAGGAGAAUCUCCAGACACUGGGUUCAGAGAUCGAACGACUAAUCAAACAGCAACGAGUUCCAGAUGAUACAACCAGGAGGAAGUGAUGUCAUUUGAAGAGUAUUGGCGUAAAUAACACGUGCUGAAGCAUUGAGCCAGUUCUGAUGUCAUUGAAGGAAGCACCUUUUUGAACUGGAUUAAACUGAGCCAGACAUACAAACACUUACACAGAACUUGUAUGACAAAUGAAUAGAAUGGAAAGAGAUUACCAAGAGCCUUUCUUGCAACUCUUACAAUGUGCCCAAUGUCCAGCCGCUGGCGUUUGCCCCUCUCUCUUCAGUGCUGGUUUCUCCUUCACUUCCACUCUAGGAACUCUGUGCAAGUUCACAACAGUCCUCAAUCCAACUACUUACAUGUGUAUGAAGUUGGGUAGAUGAAUGAAGAUAAAUGUGACCCCAUGCUCCAUUUAAAGAACAAAAUGUGCCGGACUAAUGGAGUCCUGCCAUAGUGAGCGGAUUCUGCAGCUCUUCAGAAGCUUUCAGAGGACAAAUGCAGCUUUUCCUCUAUUCACUGCAGCACAGGUUAAUGGCCAUUGCUUGCUGCUCUCCCUCAUCCAGAUGUGCCAAUUAAUUAAUGUAUUAUGUAAUGAGAAGGAUCCUAGUGUGUAAUCCCAAAUUCUCUGACCCAAGAAUGUGGGCACCAUUCCAUGUUUGCACCGCUGCUAGGUUACCGCUACACCCGGAUAAUGCUAUCUCUACACUGGCCUUGCAAAGCACUUAAGCAAGAGGGGGCCAUGCCUAAAAAUACAACUCCUGCUCUGUCCCAUAUUUAGUGUCUCAAUAUGAAGUUUAUGAAAGACAUUAUUCGGAAUGAAUAACUACAUUUUAGAAAUGUUGAUACAUCUUAAUGGAGCUUGUGAUUUUUAUUUUUAUUUUUUUUAUUACAAAAUUUCUUCUAUCUAGAUUAAGUUGUAAGAGAAUGUUAUUGUUAGUUGUUCCCCCAUCCUCCUGUGCUUUUUCCCUUUCUGCCUCUGCUUAUUUAUUUUCUGUAGAAACAAGUUUGUACAAUUUUUUUUUUUAUUUUAUUAAUGUUUUUCUUGCGUAUGAAGUUUUGAUGCUGCUUUUGAAGAGGCUGUUGCUCAUUUACUUGCUUCCCAAAAAAGAUGAGUGUAACAACCCAGUGAAAUGAAAAAGAUGUUGUAAAUGCAAAGGGCAAAAGUGCAAUUUUAAGCGCCCCCCCCCGUGUUUGUCUGGAAAAAUCACUGAGCUGUAUUUACCUCGACCACGGCCCCUUCUUUGAGUCCAGCAAAUAUUCCCUGGGAACAUCCAAUUCUGUGAUGAUGUAACCAUACGGUACACAAAAUCGUGCAGAGCUGAAUCCAUUCAAACCAAUGAAUUGUGACUGCCUGAGGCAUCACUGGCCUGGUUAUCCCUCCGUUCCUCUCUACAGGGGUUACACGAUGAAGGAUCGCCUCAUUGGAUGCUGCUGAUGGAUUUUUCACGCUCACCUUAGACUUUAACAAGCUUGUGGAGGGCAGCAGUGCGAAUGAUUGGCAUAUCUCAGACCAUUUUAUUGGCAUUCUGGGUCAUCUGGGUCCACCCCCCCCACCCCCUGAGCUGCUAUUGAAAGAGAAGUCAUGCCCCCAUACACUGUGAUAAAGGGUUUAUAGUAACGUGACAUGCUGCAACAUAAGCUUGUCAAGGUUAUAUCAGCUGUUCCAACACUCGGAGUCUGUGCUGUAGCUCUCAGCACUCCCAAAUGCAGUGCAGAAAUUCUGAAAUGAUGAAUCAAGGAAAUUAUGCAAUGUUUGCAGAAAAAAAUAGGCAUUUACACAGAGCGCUUGAUAUCGAAAUGAAGAAGACUCUCAAUGUACUUUACAUUCAUAAUUUAUUUAUUGUCAUAACUAUGUAUGUUUGUGAAAGAUGAAUUGAAGAAGAAAAAAGAUAAUGUUGA